GACUCGCUGACGAAAGACCCACAACAUUCAAGAUGGCGGCGGCGGCGAGUUCCCUCGUUUCUUACGGCAGCGGCUCAGAUUCGGAAAACGAGUCCGAAUUCGGUAACGUUACCAGUCCGCAGAAGGUCGACCCAGACGCGGCAGCCCAUCUUCAGCCGUUAAAACCCGGCACUAUAACGGCGUUAGCCGUUCUGAAUUCCGCGCCCGAAGUCGCCGUGAAGGAAGAUGUUGAGACCGGGGUUCAUCUUGAUCCAGCACUCAAAGAAGUCACGUACAACCCUACAUAUGAAACCAUGUUUGCUCCAGAGGUGACUGAUGUUGUGUUUUUCAGUUAUUGCGACGAGCAAAAAGAGCUAGAUGAGAUCCUAGCCAAGAGACAGAAGCGAGGCAAGAAUGAAGAAGAGGCUCCAGCGGAGGAGAAGACCGUCCUGCACGUUAAAGAAGCGUACGAUUAUCAGGGCCGCUCGUACCUGCACGUUCCUCAGGACGUGGGCAUCAACCUGCGCUCAGCGGACGUCCCGGAGAAAUGCUACCUGCCCAAGAAACAGCUGCACGUCUGGACCGGACACACCAAGGGCGUCAGCGCCAUCCGGCUGUUCCCGGUGUCUGCUCAUCUCCUGCUCUCCUGCUCCAUGGACUGUAAGAUCAAGUUGUGGGAGGUUUAUAAUGACAGAAGAUGUGUGCGGACGUUUAUCGGUCACAGUAAAGCCGUGCGUGACGUUUGCUUCAAUAACUCCGGCACACGGUUCCUGAGCGCCGCCUACGACCGAUAUCUCAAACUCUGGGACUCCGAGACGGGUCAGUGCAUCGCCCGCUUCACCAACAGGAAGGUUCCCUACUGCGUCAAGUUCAACCCAGACGAGGACAAACAACAGCUGUUUGUAGCCGGGAUGUCCGACAAGAAGAUCGUCCAGUGGGACAUCCGCUCUGGCGAGGUCGUUCAGGAGUACGACAGACACCUCGGCGCCGUCAACACCAUCACCUUCGUGGACGAGAACCGGCGCUUCGUCAGCACCUCCGACGACAAGAGCCUGCGCGUCUGGGAGUGGGAUAUUCCUGUGGACUUCAAGUACAUCGCUGAGCCCAGUAUGCACUCGAUGCCUGCGGUCACGCUGUCGCCCAACGGAAAGUGGCUGGCCUGUCAGUCCAUGGACAAUCAGAUCCUGAUCUUCGGAGCGCAGAACAGAUUCCGGCUCAACAAGAAGAAGAUCUUCAAGGGUCACAUGGUGGCGGGAUACGCGUGUCAGGUGGACUUCUCUCCGGACAUGAGUUACGUGGUCUCCGGCGACGCUGACGGGAAGCUGAAUAUCUGGGACUGGAAGACGACGAAGCUCUAUCAUCGGAUCAAGGCGCAUGACAAGGUGUGCAUCAGCGCGCUCUGGCAUCCUCACGAGACGUCGAAGGUGAUCACCUGCGGCUGGGACGGACAGAUCAAGCUCUGGGACUGACGCAUCCGCUUCCUCGUGUGUUCCUCUCGAGCCCGAGUCUGAGCUUUUAACUCUGAUGUGAGAUUAUAAAUGGGCUGGUAUCCAGUCCUAAACACACGCACACGCACGCACACACACACACACACACACACACACAGACUUGCAGCUCAUGCUUUUUGUUUUAUAAUGAAUGAAUCUGUAUCUCCAGUGUCUCACAUUUGUCUCUUUUUGAGGAUAAUAAAUGUCUCUCGUUUA